AUGAGUUCAACAUCAGACGAAGCCGUUACAGAUUCUCAAGAAUCAUCAUACCUGUCAAUACGCCCCAAAGUGCCAGAAACCCCAAUAAAUUCCCAUUUUGCGCAACUAGUCAUGGCUCCAAAACUCAAAAUUGCCGCUAUUCAAGCCGAGCCUGUUUGGCAAGACCUUGAAGGAGGCGUCAACAAGUCCAUCGCACUGAUCGAGAAGGCUGCUAGCGAAGGUGCCAAUGUUGUGGGCUUCCCUGAAGUCUUCAUUCCCGGAUAUCCAUGGAGCAUAUGGGCUAAAUCCCCGACUGAUAACGUCCAAUUCAUGGAUGAAUAUUUCCGCAACUCCCUUGUAAAAGACUCUGAUGAGAUGAAGCGCAUUUGCGCCGCUGUCAAGGAGGCUGGUGUUUUUGUCGUGCUUGGCUACAGUGAAAGAUACAGAAACACCUUAUAUAUCGCGCAGUCUUUUAUCGACGAGAAUGGCGUCAUCGUUCACCACCGGCGCAAAAUCAAGCCUACUCAUGUCGAGCGCGCAUAUUGGGGCGAUGGCCAGGGAGAAUCUCUCCAGACAGUCGUUGCCAGCACGUCAUAUCCCGACGUCAGGAUCGGUGGCCUCAACUGUUGGGAGCACACACAGACAAUGCUGCGCUACUACGAGUACGAGCAGAAUGUCGACCUGCACGUCGCCAGUUGGCCAGUCAUCUGGGCCCAUCCAAAGGAUAAGAACGGUAAACCAGACCCCAAUUGGCCCGGCCAUAUCACAGAUGAGAUGAGCCUGCGUUUUUCCCAGAUUUUGGCUCUUGAGGGUGCGUGUUUUGUUAUGGUUUGCACACAAAUCUGCAGUGAGGAGUCCAAAAAGCGGUGUAGACUCGAGGACUUCGAAUACGCCAAUAACGAUCCAUCCCAUGGCGGAGGUUUCAGCAUGAUAUAUUCGCCUUGGGGUCAUGAGCUGGCUACGCGUCUUCCUCCUAAUGAGGAGGGCAUAUUAUACGCCGAAGUCGACCUUGCUGAGAAGGCAAAGGCGAAGCAGAACCUGGACAUCGUGGGACACUACUGUCGACCUGAUCAGCUCAGCCUUCGGGUCAACAGGCACCCUGCUCGACCUGUUCACUUUGCGGCUGACCCUUGA